UUUGUGUGCUUUUUUUUUUUAGUUGCUUUUUUUUUCUUGAUAGAACUUGUGAAGCAUUUAAGUUGUGAAAUUGUAAGGGGGAAGCAUGUGCUCAAAAGGAUCAGGAUAAUAUGAGCAAAAAUAGAAAGAGUUGAGUUGACUGAAUGGGUUAGCUCCUGUUUCCUAAGAUGCUUGAUUGGGGCAAAAAAAGUAUUAAAAAACUCCACAGCAUUGCUUAGUAUUUGUAAAAGACUUGGGAACCAAUCCUGAGGGUUACGUGUCCUGUCCCAGUUUUCGUAUGGGUCUGCAGUGCUGUACUUCCUAAGUCAACGGAGGGCAAGUGGGAAAGCUUCUGAUCCAUAUAAAAAGUGCAGAUAAAAAUGUUUAAUUAUUAACAGUUUUUUACAAUGUUGGAAAUAGCUGGAAAUAAAACUUGCUGGAAGUUGAAUAACUUUCAGAGUUUCUAGCUCUUUCUAGAUUAGGUAAAUGUCAGAUUAAUUGUAUCACGGCCUGUGAAGAUACCAAAGGCUGAACUAAAAGGGAAAAGACUGAAAUGCUCUGAAAAUAGAUUGUUGCCUAUAAUGAUAUAUUGAAAUGUGUGUAAAGGUGUGUGUGUCUGAGAGGGUGAAAAUGAGGCUUUCACUAAUUUUUCCAGGUGAUAAUAAGCCAUAUAAAGCUUUCUUCAAAGUAUAAACCUGGGUUGUAAAUCCGGUUUUGCUCUAACUAUGAGACAACUAGGCUGUUUCAACUUCAUUGUUACAUUGCCAAGCCAGUUAAAGUAGAAGUCUAUAUUUUUUUCUUUUUUUCAUGCCUCGUGAAUGAAAUUAAUAUUCAGGCAGCCUGUUCAUCUGCUGCACCUGGCAAAAGUGGCUGAGCUUUCAUGUCAGUGAACUGAGCACAAGGUUGCCUCUGCUGAGAAAGCCUAGCCCACUGCAAGAUUGUUCAUGUGGUGCUGAAUUAUAAAGAAGUGGUUACUUCUAAUUUGGUCUUUUUAUUAGGUGGUGUUUGUUUUGAAGGUUUGUUUCUUGGUUUUAGCUAGUCAGCCUGAAGCAUUGUGGCAGAUCCAUCAAAGGUUUUCUCCCAGCUACCCUUAACCCCACAGCUGGCCACUGGGAGGUUUUCUGGUUCAUUGUGGACAAGCUGACUUUGGUAGAGCUUGAGAAAAUAGACUGUGUGCACCUUCAUAUUUUAAAAUUUGCUCAAUAUAUUCGGAUUGAUUGAAAUCUACUUACAUGCAAAGAUUAUGUUGACUUUCACUUAAAAUACCAAAAUAAUAAGAAAAAUGGCUGUAGAAGGCCUCCAUAAGUUAUAGGGGAAUCAUGAAUUGCAACUGCCUUACUGUUGGAAUCUGGUAGGAUCUUUUAGUAACCAAGAAUUUGCAGUAACAUAUUUGAAUAUGAUGGGAUAAAAAAAAAAAGUAAAACCCAUUUACUAGAAUAUAACCCUUCAUUUUCUGUUGUCAGCUCACCUGGAGUCCCGAUCUCAGACCAAGAUUCACUUGUGUGAGGUGUAACAGAUUUACAACCUGUAUGUAAUACAAGGCAAUAGGCAGAGACAAUUUAAACACUUUUAUGCCUGAAAUACUUUUUCCCCUAGGCUUCGAUUUAAGAAAAUACUGAGGAGGUGGAAGUAGUCUUAUACAGAACUUAUGACCAAGUCCCUUAGCACAUAGAUGCAGUUUGGAGAGGGUUGGGAGCAGGAAAAGUGCUUUAUUCAAACUACCAAGAGUACUCUGGGCUCCUGUUUUGAUAGGCUAAUGAAUGGUCUGGCAUUUCGGUACUAAAACCAGAGGGCUUGAUUGUCAGGAAUUUGCAAGUGAAGAUAAAGUUUAUUUGUCCUGAUGUGGAACAGAAGCAGGAGCUAGUGUGGGAGAACAAAGGGAGGGAAGGUACUUGUCUCCAGUCUGUCAUAUCAAUCUCCAGUUAUGAAACAAAAGGUUUCAGUGAAUGUACUUUGAAGCUGGGGAAAACCUCUUCAUUGUUUAGUUUCGGUGAUGAGCGUUGUGGUUAUGUGUGUGUCAGAAGCUUGUUUUGCCCAGUCACGGUUGCUUGAGUUUGUUUAGAGCAGGUAAUGAGGGAGAUCAAGGGACUGAAGUGACCCUUUGACUGAUUCUGGGCAUUACAUUGGCUUCACUGUGCCAUGAAGCUGCAAUUUAAAUUUCUAAUACCACAGAAAAUCAUAAAGGCAAUUUACUGUGGUUUGUAGCUAUUUUGAGAGCUGAGAACAUGAAAAAUGUCCAGAUAAUUUGGGUUCUAAAUAAAAAGUGGCAAAAAUGUGGGUGGUUUCUAUGGAAUCUGACUUGGGAGAAGUUGCUUCCUGUAUCCAGACCUGAUGAUCACUUGGACUUUGAACUGGCAGUUCACAGUCAGCAAAGGACAUGUAGUCAACUUCCUAGAAAAAAGGAUCAGUACUACCAAAAAUUGGUUGACUCUAAAUGUUCCUUAGUUAGGAUUUUGGUUUUGGUCUUGCUGUUUAAAGAUGAUGUAUUAGACCAGUGCCUGAGAUCUUUCUAAAAAUUUCAUAGCCAUUAAAUAUUUUAGUAUGGUAGGUACUUUAAAACACUCUUUGUAACCUACUUAGCCCUCCUUGAUUCUUCGGAAGAGGAUUGAAUGAGUCUGCAAAUUAUUUCAGAAUUGUUAAGACUUAGGUGUCCCAUGCUAACUUUCACUUCGGAUUUGGUUAACUCAUAAUUGAAAAGAGGGAUUUGCUGUUUUGGGGGCUCUCUUAUAAGCUGUGCUAAUGUGGUCUUCAUGCUUUCUUGUUCAGAACAAGAAACUGAUGAUUUGACAAGAAUUCCUCUAAUGUAAUGUUUGGAUUCCUAACUGAGUUUAAAACUGUUGAAAACUAUGAUCUAAUAAUAUUUUCCUUAUUUUCAGAUUAACUGCUGAAGUACUGAUCGAGUUCUGCUAUUCUUCAAUGAGGAACUACAGGCUGAUCUUUUGCCAUAAUCUUAAACAGCCAUAAAUGACAAAAGAAUGCUUGGUCAGUGAGGGCAGCUGGCGCAAAAAGCGUUUUUCAAACUCGGCUGUUUAAGUACUCUGAGAAAAGACAGCUUUGAUUUUUGGCUGCAAAAAGAUAUGAGGAAGAGCUCCUCCCCUUCCUUGAGUAACUGCAACUCUGUUCUUGCUAACAAAAUAUUUGGAAUUCCACUUGAUGAGCUGCAGCAAGAAGGGCAACCAGACAAUGAGGUUCCAUUCAUAGUCCGCCAUGUCGUGGACUAUAUUGAGGAACAUGGGGGUCUGGAGCAAGAAGGACUUUUCCAAGUCAAUGGGAAUGCUGAGACAGUGGAGUGGCUCCGGCAACGAUACGAUAAUGGAGAAGAUGUGGACCUGGUUAAAGAAGCAGAUGUACCCUCAGCUAUUAGCCUUCUUAGAUUUUUUCUUCAGGAACUUCCAGAGCCAGUUAUUCCAGGCAGUUUGCACAUACAUUUGAUGCAACUUUCUCAAGAUUAUAAUAAUGAAGAUGAAUUUGGAAGAAAGUUGAGGUUCCUCUUGCAGCAGCUUCCACCUGUUAAUUACAGUUUGUUGAAGUUUCUGUGUAAAUUUUUAGCUAACGUAGCAUCGCAUCAUGAAGAAAUUUGGUCAGCAAGUUCUUUAGCUGCAGUCUUUGGCCCGGAUGUUUUUCACAUUUACACAGAUGUGGAGGAUCUGAAAGAGCAAGAAAUAGUUAGCAGAAUAAUGGCGGGACUUCUGGAGAACUACUAUGAGUUUUUUGAAAAUGAAGAGGAAGAUUUUUCAUCUACUAAUGAUUUAAGCUCAAUAACUGAGCAGAUCAACGAUCUCUUGGAAGAAGAGGAAGAUGUAAAGCUUGAGCAGUCAGAAGAACUUCCAGAAGACAGCACAGAGAAACCUGUUGAAAGGCCAGCUGUGGUGCAUCUAGAUAUGACAGGGGGUCUCUCAGAUUCCAGGAAUGUUACAGCAUCAACAAGUGCUCAUAUCUCUCCCAUAAGUAUCUUGCCAGCCUCUGCAGACAUUUUAGAAAGAACAAUCAGAGCAGCUGUAGAACAGCAUCUUUUCGACCUGCAGAGCAGCUUAGAUAACGAUCUGAAACAUAUACAGCAACAACGACUGGGCUGUAACAAUGAAACAAAAAAUCCCAGUGGGGAUGAGGAAGGAUCUAACAACCAGAAUGAUGUUAUUGAAGAUAAUGACACUGGUAGCAGUGAAAACACAGGAGACUGCUCUGAAGUAUUGGUUUGCACUGAUUUAGACAGUGAAGCUAUAAAACAUGAUACUGUAACUGAGGAAGAAGAAAGCAUUCAGAUACCAGCCCUUCCUUCUGCUGAGACUGCAGACGUAUUAGUGAAAUUAUGCGAUGAAGAUGAAGAUGUUGAUGGAGAAAAUGAUAGUGAAAGGGAAAAUAGUAUAUUGCUUGAUGGCAAUGAUAGAAUAUCUUCAGAGGAUUCAAGUAGCAAGACUUGUGAUCUUAAUGCAAACACUGAUUCAGAGGUGUUGGGAGAUGGCAGUGCCGAUGUUCCCGAGGAGGCUCCGGGUGUCCAAGUUCCACAUCUGGAUCUGAAGAACGUAUCUGAUGGUGACAAAUGGGAAGCGCCAUGCCCUAUCACUUUCCCCCUCAUUGAUUUCAAAACAAUGCAUCUGCAGAGAGAAGGGGAGGAUCCAUUUCCUGCUUUCAAGUCUUGGCAGGAGGACAGUGAAUCUGGAGAAGCUCAGCUUUCCCCACAGGCUGGGAGGAUGACUAAUCAUCCAUUGGAAGAGGACUGUCACCCCAUAUUGUCACAUCGGAGUUUGGAUUUUGGGCAAAGCCAGCGUUUCUUACAUGAUCCAGAGACGUUAGACUCUUCAUCCAAAGCACUUUCUUUUGUUAGAACACGAAGAGCAUCCUUUAGCUCAAAAGAUGACAAAAGGGAAGACAAGACACCUUAUCAGCUUGUCAAGAAAUUACAGAAAAAAAUAAAGCAAUUUGAGGAACAGUUUGAAAAAGAGAAAAACAGUAAGCCCUCCUAUAGUGAUAUUGCAGCCAAUCCAAAAGUUUUAAAAUGGAUGACUGAACUUACCAAAUUGAGAAAGCAAAUAAAAGAUGCAAAGCAGAGGAGCUCAGAGGGAGAAUUCAUACCUCAAACACGUCCACGAAGUAACACUCUUCCAAAAAGCUUUGGUUCCUCUCUUGACCAAGAGGAUGAAGAAAAUGAAGAUGAGAUGCAGAUUGUGCAGAAAGAGAAGAAGCCCACCAAGGAGGCGACACUUGAACUAAUUUUGAAAAGAUUAAAGGAAAAACGAGUUGAGAGAUGUUUACCAGAAGAUAUAAAGAAAAUGACAAAGGACCAUUUGGUAGAAGAGAAAACAUCUCUGCAGAAGAGCCUCCUGUAUUAUGAAAGCCAACAUGGACGGCCGGUUACUAGAGAAGAAAGACAUAUUGUGAAGCCACUUUAUGACAGAUACAGACUUGUAAAACAAAUGUUAACUAGAGCAAGCAUUACUCCUAUUCUUGGAUCACCAUCAACCAAGAGGCGGGGGCAGAUGUUACAGCCCAUUAUUGAAGGUGAAACUGCCCAUUUUUUUGAAGAAAUUAAGGAAGAAGAGGAGGAAAGUGAUGGUUUUUCUGCAGACCUGAGCGAUAUCUUAAAAACUGCUUCCCAAACACAGCCCGUUCUAAGCCCAGUUGAAAACUCUGAGUCUGAUAUUGAGGAUGGUCAAGAGAAACUCACCCGGGACCUGAGGCUCUCCAGCACCCGAGCUGCUUCUAUGCCUGAAUUAUUGGAGCAACUGUGGAAAGCCAGAGCUGAGAAAAAGAAGCUACGUAAGACAUUACGAGAAUUUGAAGAGGAGUUUUAUCAGCAGAAUGGAAGAAAUGUCCAGAAAGAAGAUCGGGUCCCAAUGCUGGAUGAGUACAGGGAGUACAAGAAAAUCAAAGCCAAACUGAGGCUGUUAGAAGUCCUUAUCAGCAAGCAAGAUUCUUCAAAAUCAAUUUAAAUUAUAUUCCUCCAACCUGUUGAGUAACAUGAUGUUUCCAUGUACUACCCCUGUACUUAUUGGGUGCUUGUGUUCAUGUGUCAUGCACUGUUGAAAGAAUCCAGUUUGUGCACUUUACUAUGGUGCCACUAGGACAUGUUUGAAGGGUAAGUCGGUCCUGUCUAGAGAGCAAAUAAGGUUUCUGAGUUUGAGACUGCUCUAUCCAACUUUAGCAAACACAGUUUCCAUCGAAGUUUUGUAUUCCAGUUGGAUCCAUCCCUUUCCAAACAACCAUAGCUUUUUUUUUUCUUUAGCAUUCAAGGACUUUGAGACUUUUGUUAUUACCAACCUUUUGCAUUGUUGAAGAAAUGAUUAAUAUAGUAAUGCUACACUGAACUACUCUUGCCUAAAAAAAUCAGCAAAUUAAGGGUACAGCUCUUAAUUCCUGGAACACUUAAACAGACUGUAAUUCCUUUCAAAGGACUGCUGUGGAACAACUUUGAUUUUUUUUUUUUUUUGUAUUCUAAAUUGCACCUAUACACAGUAAUAAUUAACGUCUAUGGAUUUUGCUCAUUAGUGGUCACGUUUCCUCCUUGAAAAGAUGACAGUGGACAAACCAGAAAGUGACCUUUUCUUAGUGGCUUUUAAACCUUGGAAAACUGGAAAGUUCAAUCACAUGCUGCCUACAGGACUCAAGUCAUUGUUGUUCAUUUGAUUCCUUUUUCAGUUGUUACCAACCAGUGGUGAGUAGUGUUUGGGCUGAAUUGGAUACGGCAUCUCCGCUUUCAGAAGAUUUGAGGAGCACAGUGAACACUUUGGUGUUUGGGAAAUCUGGUGGCACUCAGACUUGUGUGGUUCCACAGAAAGGAACUGGCUUAGGACAGUUAAAAUCCCACUGUACCUGAAAUGAGUAUGGUGUCAAGGGCUAAAAUCAGUGUAGUUAACACGCACCACAGGGAGAACCGUUGGUUUGGAGUGGAAAGAUUACUGCUGUUUAUCACGGUUUUGUUUUACAGUUGGAGAAUAAAAAUACAUUAUCUAAUCCUUACAUGUAAGCAAAACAGUUUAUGGGCCUUGCAUGAUUUAGCUUCAGAGUUGAAUCUAAAUAAUGUUUUGAGUAUCACAUCUGCUAUGCUGAAUGAUGAUUUAGGGACUAGCUUUGCUCUGCAGCAGCCAUCUGCAGCUGUUUCUGAUCUGGCAAAAUCAAAAUGUUAAUUUCAGCUGGUGCUUUCUCAGUUUUUUGGUUUUUUUUAAUUUCAGUGUAUCAGUUUGAUUGUGGCCAUGUUUUGCAUGCACCUGCUCUCACUGCAUGUUUUUAUGACUGGCUAAUGUCAACAUAGCAAUGAUUCACUCUGCUUUAUGAAAGACCAAAAAUGAACUUUCUCAUGAUGUAAGAAAUGGCUCGCACAUAACCUCAGAGACUUGCUGUUCUGUCAUGAAGCAUAUGAAAUAGGUUGCAAGUAGGAUUUUAGUGCUCACAUUUCAUUUGUGUACUGUAGAGUACUCCUUGGUUUGUUUUACUCUGCUUGUAGGCAUGUAAUUUUGGAAUUCAGAAAAAAAAGCACUAAAACUAUUGAGCACUGGUGGUAUGCCUUUUUUUUUUUUUUUUUAACUGCAAAAUUAUCUGGGACCUUAGAGAAUUAUGAGGUUAAACUAGUCUUGAGACCAUUUACCAAUUUUAUUCAGUUCCAUUGUGCAAUGUACACUUCAGUUCCUUUUCUAUCAGUCUGCAGACACGGGUGUAUCCAAACAUUGAAACUAAUGUGUACUGUAUAGUGUUGUACAUGAAUGUUUGUGUUUUAUAUACCACAUGCAAAAUGUCAAUAUGCACUAUUUAAAUGUUUUAAAUAAUAUAUUCCUCCUUUAUAAUGCUUAAAUCUAUAUGAUUCCAAUAUUUUUAUAAGUGAGUGAGUGAUCAGACUGGUUCCAAUUCAGAAUUAACAGCUGCUUUGUGUUUGUUAUGCAGUGUUUGGCUGUUUAUUCAGUAUAGUAGAUAAGCAUGGCAACAGUUAUGCUGAGUGUGUUUUGUGCCAUCCUUGUUGAGCAAUAAAUAAAUGGUAGAACUAGGCAUUUUGUGAUAUAAGUUUUUCUUUGGUAAAAGCAAAACCUAUAUAUCUAUAUGGAUAUAUAGAUAUGGAAUAUAUAUAACUAAACCAGAUAUAAUUGCAUUGCUAUGUCUGGUGUCCAUUGUAUAGACUUUUAUAAUAAAAGUACCUUAACCUUUA